GAAUGACACUACCCCAUGCAUUCUUUAGCCACGUGUCCUUCCUUCCCACCAAGGACACUUGCGCAUGAUGUUUCAGAAACAUAUACAUAUACCAGUAUCAUCUAUUGCUUACCAUGCUUCCGUUUCUUUCUCAGUCUCAAAAACAGCCAUUGUUAUUCCUCAACUUCUUCUGAAUCUGAACUCAGCAAAGACAAAGGCAUGCAUCAAACGGAUAUGAUGAAGAAGAGGAUAUCAAGAAGAGGAAGCGAUUUGGAUUCUUUUGAAAGAAAGGAGCUACCUCACAAGGGUAUGGUCACAAGAUACCCAAAUGAAAAGAAUAACCCUUCAACUAGACAUUUCAUCCAUGGAUAUCACCUAAUACAAGGACAGAUGAACCAUGGAAUGGAAGACUAUAUUUUCGCUCAACGUAGGAAUCUCGAUGGCUAUGACUUAGGAUUGUAUGCAAUAUUUGAUGGUCACUCCGGUCAUGAAGUUGCCAAAUACUUACGAAACCAUCUAUUCGAAAAUAUACUGAGUGAGCCUGGUUUCUGGGAAAAUCCAGGGCAGGCUAUUAAGAAAGCAUGCAAAGCAACGGAUGAUGAGAUUUUAGAAAACAUAGCUGAUUCACGUGGAGGAUCAACAGCAGUUGCAGCAAUACUAGUCAAUGGAGUAAAGCUACUGGUAGCCAACGUUGGUGAUUCUCGAGCAAUAUCAUGCAACAAAGGUCGAGCAAAGCCACUUACUCUGGAUCAUGAUCCAGAGAAGGAAAAAGCUCUUGUUGAGAGCAGAGGGGGUUUUGUGUCUAAGAGACCCGGGAAUGUUCCAAGAGUGGAUGGGCAAUUAGCAAUGACAAGGGCAUUUGGAGAUGGAAAACUAAAGGAGCACAUUACGGCAGAACCAGAUGUGACCAUUCAGAAGAUUGAUGAAGACACUGAAUUCAUUAUUUUGGCAAGUGAUGGUCUGUGGAAGGUGAUGACAAAUCAAGAGGCUUGUGACUGUAUCAAGAAUGUAGAUGGUGCGGAGAAAGCAGCUAAGAAAUUAGUUAAAGAAGCAAUAUCUCUAGGAAGCUGUGAUGAUAUUUCAAGCAUAGUUAUAAUGUUCUAGCUUACGUGCUCCACAGUGCUCCUGCGUUUCAUGAACUUUUGCCUUUGUCUCACUGUAUAUUAUUUUAAAUUUCUAUAACUCAAGGAAAUGUCUUUAAAAU